GUACGAGGGCUUAUUCGAAAUUUACACCGCGAAACAGAACCCGCGACCGUCGAGCAAACGCUCAACCAUCGUCUCCAUCUCUGAUCCCUUCUCCGCCCGCACUCGCCAUCGAUGAAGUGCCCUUCGAUCGCGUGCCUAUGGCCUCCUUCUCCGCCCUUCCACCGCGUCAUCGCUGCUGUUGCCAUCGGCUCUCCUCCGGUCCUCUACACUGGCGCCUCUGACAACUCCAUCGUCUGGUGGCUUCUCUCUAAUUCUAACUCCAAGAUCCGCCCCAUCGCGCUUCUCUGUGGCCAUGCUGCUCCGAUCUUGUCCCUCAUUCCUUGUGUCUCAUACGCCGAGCCAUCCCUCUUCAGCAUUUCUUCCGAUGGCGUUCUCUGCGUCUGGAGCCGGACUACCGGCCGUUGCCACCGCCGUCGGCGACUUCCCCCAUGGGUCGGGACUCCCGUCGCCAUGUCUCGCCUCCCCUCGUCCUCAGGGAACUUGUGCGUCACGGGCGUCUCUCAUGAUUCGAUCGCCGUUGUCGUCGUCGAUUCCCACGGUCUCAAUGUCGUGCAAACAGUAUUCCAUGGGAAUCUAGUGAUUUCUAGAUCGGUGAAAUCCGUGGUAGUUGAGGAUAAAGGCAAGGAUUUGACUGUGAUCUUGGUGGAUGGACGAGGGCAAUCUCAGUUGUUGCCUGUAUCGAAGGAUUCUGAUCCUGGUGGGGGAUCUUCGAGUACUAUGCCGAGAAGUUCUUCUCUUUCUUCUUCUGAUCUCGCAAACUAUAGUUCCGGAGAUGGUUUAUCCGAAGAUGUUGAAGCUGUGGCGGUUGAAGCCCAUGGGGAGCUCUUGGCUGUUAUCUUUAGGGCUCGCUGUGAGUUUAGGUCGGUGAAAAAUGGUGUAUUAAUUGGUGAGAUCUCUUCUGAAGAGACGUGUUGGAUUGGUGGAAUGUUUCUUGAGACAGAUGGAUCUGGAAUGCAGGGCUUGAGUGGAGACAAUGUGAGGAGCUUCGCCAUUUGGAGUGCUAAUGGUGUUGCAAUGAUAUACAGUAUAUACAGCUAUGGUUUUUCAGAUUCUCCAUUGAAGUUUGAGAUUGUAUGUGAAAUUUCAGCUUUGUCUCAUUGCUCUAGUGAGACAGCAAUAGUUCUAUUCUGUGAGUUGGAUCAUUCACUCAUUCAUCUUGAAUCGCUUUGUAUGGCAGUGGGAGAUUCAUUUCUGUGGAAGCCCCAUGUCACAAUGUGGUCUGUUUCCGAAUUUGAAUCACAGAGAUGGGUAGCUUAGGGAAUAAUUUGAGCAGGAGUAUUGGAGAAGGUGGUUUUCCUGGUGAUCUAAUUUGGAGUUUCUCUUCCCUAAACCUUAAUGAAGAUGAGAAGCAAGGAGAGGAAGUGUUACGGCAACCCACUGCUUCUGGCUUCAACAGUUAUGAUCGUGUGGACAACAAGGACAUAACAAUGGGAAUGUGCAGAAAGAACGGAUUGUGUCAUCCUCUAUGGUACUAUUUGAGGAUUUUUGUGCACCAUAUGUAGUGGUUUAUGGUUUCUAUAAUGGUGAAAUUGAAGUGGUGCGGUUCUUGAAUUUAGUGCUUGAGACUGAUUCAGAUGUUGGAAGUCCCUGCUAUCUCAUUGAUCAGAGUAUGUCUGAACAAAUUUUCACAAGGGCACACCGGUGCAGUUCUUUGCCUGGCAGCACAUCAAAUGGCUGCCUCUUAAAAUAAUCAAAGCUUGAAUCAUGUAUUAAUAUCAGGAAGCCUGGAUUGCACGGUUCGAGUAUGGAAUUUGGAUAAUGGUUGUCUUCUUUGGAUAUUGCACCAUCACAUAGCUCCACUUAAGGAAAUUAUACUUCCACCACUACAGACUGCUCGACCUUGGAAUGAUUGCUUUCUUUCUGUAGGCGAGUAUGGUUGUGUGGCUCUGGUCUCUAUCCAGACAUUGCGGGUGGAAAGAAUGUUUCCUGGGCAUCCAAGUUGUCCAUCAAUGGUUGUCUGGGACAGUAGAAGAGGCUUUAUAGCUUGUCUUUGCAGAAAUACCUCAGAAUCCUCUGAUGCAGCUAGCAUUCUGUACCUUUGGGAUCUGAAGAAAGGUGCUCAGGACUGUGUGAUUCGUGGCAUAGCAUCUCGUUCAAUGUUUGAUCAUUUCGGUAAUAACAAUCAGAAUUUCAUUGGCUUGGAAGAUUUUGAAUUUAGAGGUUCCUCACUACACAAGAUGAUCAGAUUGAUUUCAUUUUCAAUUGUUGGAUCUGCUUAUUUCAAUUUUAUGGGAAAUGAAUUUGGACAUCCAAAUAGAGUUGAGUUCCCAAUGGAAAGCAACAACUAUUCAUUUGCUUUUGCCAAUCGUAAAUGGGAUCUCUUGAAGGAUAAGGGAUUGCACAUGGGCCUAUGUAACUUUGAUAAGAUUUUGGAGAACACACAAAACACCCAAGCACCCUGAAGUUGAUGAUAAGCUUGUACAUUUGAUAGAAUUUUACUGUUUAUCAUUGGAGAUGAUGAAGUUAGACGAAAAGGAACAAAUACUUUCCCGAAAUCCAUCAACAGUGCACCAUGUAGAUGACUUAAAAAUGGUAUGAUUCAUGUUACUUCGC